AUGACUCUCGAGAGUUUGCUUGCGCGACGUACACAGUCUUUAGUACAUCCGUUUCAUCAUCCAACGCGAUGUCCGAGCGCUCGGCCCCGAGUCUUGCUAGGACGGCGAACAUCGGUCAGAGCGACGACUCCGGGGUCUGAGGCUACGAUACUCAUCCCAACAAACUCGAAGUCAUGUAGCCGAGACUAUACACAACCGCCCUGCUGGAUUCCGCCCCUUAUCGUUUUUGGAGUGGCGACGCUUUUCUCAGCGGUCAUCCUCAAGAACAGGCAGCGGAAAUCCGCCGUUACAGAGACGGAUCAGGUGUUACCGGUGCCUCCAAGUCCACAACAGGACCCGCGCAGCUAUCAGCGCGCGUUGGCGCGCACUCGGCAGGCUGCAGCCGUUUCGAAGGCCCUCGCUUUCCUCAAGACGGGCGAGCCAGCGCGCGCCUACAUGGAACUCGGACGAGCGCUCUCUGAAAACAGCAUCUGCCGCUCUCCCCUCUUGGAUGGCCACCACACAAAGGCCGAGCUCGUGGAGCUCUACAAGCUGCACCUGCAGAACGCCGAGGUGCCACCCAACUUCGCCACGUUGCUGCAGCUGCAGGAAAUGCUUGGCCUAAACCAAGAUGAGGCGGAGAAGAUUGAGCUCGAAGUGAUGCAGGCGCCGGGAUCAUUCAGCAUAUAG